AUGGACUUGGGAGCGCUGUCGCAGCUGAUGGGGAAGGUGUCGAACGAGGGGAGGGAGAGGAUUGUCGAGACGGCUGAGCUCAAGUCAAGUUUCGUCGAUCCCAAGGCCAUCUCAGGUCGAGGGCUCAUGGGCCUUGUACACAGGGAGGCAGAGGACGUGGAGAGCUUGCAGAGAGAGAUCAGCUUCCUUGCGAGCGAGGAGAUGGGAAAGAGGAGGGCGGCCCUUGGUAGGAUCAGCCUGCUAGUGCGCAAUGACGACACGCCGCUUGUUGUGCUAGACAAGGUCUGGAAAGAGUUGUCGAUCGAGCUGAUCAAACUCAUGGCGGAUCCUGUUGAGAGGAUCCGUGAUAUGGCGAUGCGAUGUCUGCUCUCCUUCCUGGACAAGGUCACCUCGGUCUCCAGCGUGCUUCCUAUCGUCAUCCCGUGCAUGGUGUACAGAGUCGCAACAUCGCCUGCUGAGGAGAGCUCGGAGGAGAUCCGGCUCCUCCUCGUCCUCAUCCUUGGACGUCUAGUGGCUCUUUGCCCCAAGGUGGUCGGGCAGUACAUGGACGCGAUUCACUCCAUCCUCCAUGCCUCCCUCCAGGACUCCCAUCCAGCGGUCAGGAAGGAAGCCUGCAGCAUUCUCGUCUCCCUCUGCAGCUGUCAGAAGGAGAGCAUGAAGAUGGUGGUGAGGUACGAGGAGACGAGGGCUGGAGCAGAGCCACGCUACAGGUACGGGGAGCUCAUAGAUAGCCUCAAGAGCACGCUCAGGCACAAACACUCGUCUGUGAGGAAAGUUGCAGUGACUGCCCUCGGCUCCCUCCUGCUCGUGGGGGACAAGAACGUAACGCUGGUGGAGGACCUGGUGGCCUGGCAGCUACCCAACGUCAUUCCAGUCUGGCAGUUCUUCUCCGGGGGAGUGUGGGAGGAGGGGAAACUUGUGAAGCCCGAGGAGCGGCAGCCCCGCCACAACUUCCUCGCCCUCCUCGCAAGUGACCCGAGCGCCAAAGUCAGGGAGAACUUCAUCUCCGUGCUCAUCGACUGGAUGACGCGGCUCAACGAUCGCUGGGACCACGAGAGUCGGCUCCUCCCCUACCUCCUCAAUGGGCUCUGCGAUCCGUGCCCUCCUCUCCGCAUGGCGACCUUCGAGGCGAUGGAGCGGCUGGGGGAGACGCACGAGAACGAGAGGGAGAACAACGAGCGAGACAAGCAGGAGCUGCGAGACUUCCUUGAGUACGGGCACAAGACCCCGUCGGAGCAGAACGCGACGGAGAGGUGGAGGAGCUGCAAGCACGAGCCUCCCUUCACCAGGAGGCCGCGGCUGGGAGCGCGCAUGGUGGUCAGGAACAACUUCAGGAGGCUGUGCCCGACGCUGGUGCGGGAGCUCAACGACUGGCAGCCCAAGACGAGGAGCAUGGCAGCGCAGCUGCUGUACUACCUCGUCCUCUACACUGAGUACUGGGUGACCAACGACGUUCGGGCAAUGGUCGAGUCCUUCACCAAGUGCUGCUUCCGCUCCCUGGCAGAGAUGGAGGAGGGAGACCCGGAGGCGAGGCUGCUGCUUCGCCAAAUCCUCCUGUGCGCGCGGACCGUCGGGGAGUUCAUCGACCCCUCCGUCUACAUGCCGCUCCUGCUCCCGACGGUUAGAGGAGAGACUGACCUGGACGUCCACCGACGUUGCGCUGCUGUGGAAAUCCUGCGGGCCAUGUGCGAGGGUUGCUCCUCCUCCUGGCUCGUGCCCCACGUGUCGACCAUGAUCGCCGCCCUCGACUGCUCCUCGAUCUCCGAGUCGCGUGACCCUCGCCUGUCCUCUCAGCUCGUUCGCUGCUCGCAGCAGCUUGCUGAGUCUUGCGGGGAGAAGCUGGACGAGGAGUCGAGGAGGCAGAUGACGCAGAUCGUGGUGUCUGUGCAGGUGAAGGCCUGGUGCUUCGGGCAGAAGCAGGUCACCGACUUCCCUGCGAGCUCUGAGGAGCUGGACAAGUACGCGAGGGACUGGAGGAGCGUGCAGUUCUCCUGCCAUCAAGCUCUGCGGGCGAUCGCGAGCACGGCCUGCUCCUCCAUCAGCUCCCUCCUCUCCGACCACUUCUCCUCUUUCCUCGAGACCCUGAUGCCCGGGCUCACCAGGCUGAGCUGCCUGCACGAGCUCGCCCUGCUCGAAGUCCUCUACCGCCAGCUGGACGAGGAGGACGUCUCCCAGCCGCUCCUCCAGCUCCUCCUUGCUGAGCUCGUCCGCCUCGUGCAGCUUCCCAGCUCCUCCUCUCCCAGCUCCUCCUCCUCCUCCUCCUUCCUCCUUGAGUGCAUUAUCUUCGUGAACUUCGUCGUCCAAGACCCUUCCCUCCCCUUCCCUCCGCAGCUCUUCAAGCAGCUCUUCCUCGCCCUCCUCAGGGUGGCUCUGUGGGCGAGGCAGACGACGAGCGCUGAAAGGGGAGAGGAGCAGGAGGGUGAGGAGCAAGCCGAGAGGAAGAAGGUGGAAGAUGAACGAGCGGAGCGAGCCUUGCUCUGUCAGACAGCGUUGGAAGCCGCUUACAUGGCGAGCGCGGGGGAGCAGGCGGAGGUUCUGUUCGAAGAGGAGGCGAUGAAGCUGGUGGGUGAUACUCUGUGCGCAAUGAUGGAGGAGGAGAACGCCAAGACACGCGAGCUGGCGUGUUAUCUCACUCAGAAUGUGAUGAUAGCUACGAAGAAUCAACGUGACAUGUUGGAGUUUGAGGAGGAGAUGAGGAAACAGCUGUUGUUGAGGAUGGACGAUAGUGCAGACGCGGUGCAGCAGGCAUCUUUCCAGGCGAUGGAAAGUUUGUUGGAGAAGAGAGCGAAUUCCGGUGGGAUUGAAGGGCAUGUCGUCGAGACGAUCAAGAAGAAAAUCUCGCAAACUCUCGAAGAACCUCAAGUUUCAGAUGACAUCGCAGAAAUCUGCAGACGUUUGAUGGAAAUCUGCCAAUAA